AUGGAGCGUCCGCGCCGACCCCCGGACCGGGUACCUGUCCGGGGGUGGGGGCUGUUAAUACUAUCCCUCUCCAUCUACGGACUACAGGCUGUAGAAGAUAUAUCAGAUUUCAGACUUGUUAAAUAUGAAUCUUUAGUUCACAAUGUUGAUACCUUUUCGGAAACUGGAGUCGGAUUUUUCUCACAAAUUCUAUUCGACGUGAAACGAUAUCAACUAAUCGUCGGGGCUAGAGACGCUUUGUUUCGUCUGUCCUUGGACGGAUUGACGAAGUUGGAAAUCGCCGAUUGGCCGGCAACAUCGACGACAGUUGGACUAUGCACGGCGAAGGGUCAAAGCGAGGAGUAUUGUCGAAACUAUAUAAAGGUAUUAGUUGGGCAUGAAGAUCUGGUGUUUGCCUGUGGAACACAUGCCUUCUCUCCUAAAUGUUCCUGGCGAGAGGUUCAGGAACUAGGGAAGGUCACCAAGUGGAUAGACGGAAAGGCGAAGUGUCCCUACUCCCCCUUGGACAACUCAACCGCCUUCAUGGCGACCAACGGCGAUUAUUACAUCGGUUCCGCCACGGAUUUCUCUAGUAAUGACCACGCGUUGUAUCGUAUGUCUGGGGCUGGUGUUGAUCAGGCAGCGCUGAGGACGGUACAGUACAACUCCUUUUGGUUGGCACAGCCCGACUUUGUUGGAUCCUUUGAAACUGAAGAUUUUGUGUACUUCUUGUUUCGCGAAGCAGCUGUCGAGUACAUGAAUUGCGGGAAAGCCGUGUACAGUCGUAUUGCAAGGGUUUGUAAAAACGACAAGGGGGGAAGCCAUGUUCUUAAAGACAACUGGACAACCUUCUUGAAAGCGCGGCUGAACUGCUCGGUCCCCGGGGACUACCCCUUCUACUUUGACGAGAUCCAGAGCAUGUUCUACCUGGAGGAGGAGCAGGUCGUCUACGCGACCUUCACUACCACCGAGAACAGCAUUACAGGCACAGCUGUCUGCAGCUUCAAUCUGUCAGCCAUAGAAACAGCAUUUAAAGGUCCGUUCAAGCAUCAGGCGCGGUCAGAUUCUACCUGGGGUCCAGUGCAGGACGACCUUAGCCACUUCAGCUGCGAUGCUAAACCUGGUUCAGAUGCUCUUCUUAUAGCAAGGAAAUAUCAGCUUAUGGACACCAGUGUGCAGGGGAGCACCAGACUACCCCUCUACCAGGAGACCAUGACGAGGUUCCAGCAGAUAGCCGUGGAUAGUGUACCCACCAAACACCAGGAUAAUACUAACAUUCAUAUCAUCUUUAUCACAACAGAAACAGGAGUCAUCAGGAAGCUCUCUUUCAACCCUCGGAGUGGUGAGACGUGUCUUGUUGAGCUCCUACACCCGUUCCCUAGCGGAGUCAGAAAACGGAUACGAGAGAUGAAAAUACUCUCAAAUACGGCCUCGCUUUAUCUAACCACCGACGAGGCUGUCCUCAGAAUACCGGUCCAGAGAUGUCACAGGUUUACAACUAAGAAAGACUGUUUGAACGGUAUGGACCCGUACUGUGGCUGGAAUAGGAACAAGGAGGAAUGCACCACUGCCCCCAACAAGAACCCUAGGGUCGCCUACUGGCAGCAGAAUGUCAUCACCUGCCCUGUCACCACGGAUCCCGUGGACGGCGGUUGGUCCGAGUGGACUGCCUGGGAUCAGUGCGCAUUUUCUAACCCUGAUCGGCGGGUGGAGAGCGGCGGAGAUUACUGCAUGUGUCGACGGCGAAGUUGUGACCAACCGAAACCGGCGAACGGCGGAUCUGGAUGUGAGGGUCCAGGACUUGUUGUAACCAACUGUACACAACACGGACAAUGGACCCGAUGGUCCGAAUGGUCCGGCUGUUCCCAAUCCUGCGGCGUGGGCCUGAAAACCCGCCAAAGAUUUUGCGGAAAUCCUGAGCCUGCUUUCGGCGGUAGGGUUUGUGUUGGACGGGAUCGGGAAGAGCAUUAUUGCGACGAUCUACCACCGUGUCCUGGACAGAUGGCGAGCAGCUUAAUGAUCCAGGAGAGGACGGAUCUUCCAACAUGGUCUCAAUGGUCGGAUUGGACAGCUUGCAGUGCCAGAUGUGGUUCAGGAUUCCGAUCUCGAGCUCGAAAAUGCUACGGAAUCGGGUGUAGUGGGUGUGACCGAGAGUGGGCUGAGUGUGAAAACCCCGCCUGUGCCGACUAUACCGACGUGACCAACUGGACUCCUUGGAUUAACACGACUCAGGACGCGGGAGGAUGGUACGAGAAGAGAUUUACGUUCACCUACAGGUCUCCUGUGGCUAUCAGUAAGGCUGGAAGGAUUGGCGAGGAAAAGCGGUACUGCUAUGGACCUGAAAGAUGCACAACCGUCGGUGGCGGACGGGCAGAGGCGGUUCCGGAGGAUUUUACCGAAUGGUCGGCCUGCAGUCAGGCCUGUGGUGGAGGGAGGCAGUUUAAACUCCGUCUAUGUCUGAAGGACCAAGAGAAUUGUAUAGGUCACAGUUUGGUUGAGCAGGAGUGCAACACCCAACCCUGUCCUGGAACCUGGGGCUGCUGGUCACCCUGGUCAAGAUGCGCCGGCGGAGCCAGAACCAGAUCCAGAGAAUGCGGAAGUCUGGAAGGCGGAACCGCCGAAUGCCUGACCGGUUCCGGUCGAGACGAAGAACCUUGUGGGAUGGACGUUCCCGAACUACGAAGCGGGGAUGAGUUUGUGGAACCAAUUUCGGGAACAAUCUCUUUAAAUAUGAUGAUAGGGGCCUGUGUGUGUGGUUUUGGGGUCGGUGGGACCCUAGGGGCGGUCCUUGUCUACUACCUUCUAAAAUGCCGGAAACCAAUUGAAACCGGUGUCACCUCACCGCAUUAUAUCAGCGCUAAAUCUCAGAAUCUAUAUGUAUCUCUCCCUAUGCUGGAUCUCAAACACAAGCAGAUAAGUUCCAACACAAGCGACUACAGCGGCACGUUGCGCAGUAACGCAACUGGAACGCUGCGGAGCAAAACCGGUUCCUCAGUAUAUGGCGGGAAACCGGGAGAUUAUGAAACGGCGACUAUUAAGCGAAGCCAUUCUAGGCGGGAUUCAAGCUUAAUUAACGGGACGAUACGAGCCGAUUUAGAUUCGGAACAAAUGUUCUCUUAAAACCACAAAAAAAUAACCAUUUAAGGAUCUCAAGAAAAAUGUAGACAUGAAAAGAUUAUCCUGCAGUGAUAACAAACAUUGGAACUAAUCCGUGAAUCCCUAAAAUAUUGACCUGGACUAAAUCGGUCAUAUAUUAAAUAGAAGUCCCAAAACUUUGCUGUGCGAAGUUGUUAAAAGUGUCCUUUUGUUACCGAAGUGCCAUUAAGUGCCUAUAUCGCAUUGCUAUCAUGACAUAUUAAAGUGCCAUUGAAAAUUCCAUUGUCAGAACUUGUUAAGUAUUUAAUAUUGAUGAAAUUUUUUAAGUCGCCAUUUUAUGUUAGAUCAAUUAUAACGACGACUUACUGUAGAAAAGGUGUUCUUUCCUUGUGAUUGGAAGAUUGAAAUUUAUUCAAACUAAUUUUGGCGGGAAUUCUCAAAAGUAUGUUGUAAAAGACAUGGUAAAUUUAAAAUAUAUAUCCAAUGAAGAUGGAGAAGUUUUCGCUGUUUUGGUAGCAUUUGAACAUAAUAACCUCAAAGCUUACCACAUCCCUUUUUCUCAUCCCAUCCCAUGCAUAUGAUAUGACUUUAAGUACAAAUUAGCACGCUUUAGGGUUGAAACAAGUUAAAACAGCGACAAAUUCUCUACUGACUUUCAGUAGUCUUAUUUUUUAAAGAAUUAGUUUGGCAAAACCGAUUUAAAAGUCCCGAUGCUGAGACCCUGUAGUAAAUUAUGAAAUGUUUUAAACUCUGACCUUUGUUCUAUUGUUCUACUGUCAUUCUUUCAGAAAUAAAUUUGAAUUAUAUGUAA